AUGAUGUUGGUGGUUCUUGGGGAUUUGGCGGUGGAAUAUAAGGAGCACUACGUACGGAAGGGUGAGGCCUGGAGUGUGGAAUGUCAGUUGACAGAACGAGAAAACCAAAGUAACGAAAUUGAUCAGGCCUGGUUCUUCGAACUAACCGACGAAAACAACAACUAUAACAAUUAUACAAACCAAAACAUUUUAGAUAUUAAAGACUCGGUGUUACAGGUGAGCUUUAAUCACGGAGAGCCGCCGAAUUUGAAGCUGGUGAUAACAAAAAUUGACUACAACCAUGUUGGAUUCUACUACUGCAGAACUAACAAAAAAACGACCACUAACGAGCUCAUCCUAAUAAUUAGUUCGAAAAUUGAGCUAGCCAAAGCCGAAGAUGAAAGCGACGGCAUUAAACUAGACAUGCAAGUCACAUACAAGAGGUACGAAAGACGUAAUGAUCAGAAUUGUCCAGUAUUUUCCUGUGAUUUGAAACCGCUCAGAAGCAGUUCUUGUAGAAGUAGACAAGGGAGAGAAAUUUGCUCCGUUCAAAAUUUCUACGGCCAAAAUGAACGCCACCCACGUACUUGUGAAAUCGGAUUCAACAACUUCGACCAUGUCAUAUUGGAUAAAAAGAAAUUCAGUAGGUGGUUCUUCAUAGAGCUGAAGACUUUAUAA